UACACGCAAUCGCUGUAAACAAUAAACACAUUCAAAACAUGUGAUCCAAUGUAUGGAUAAAUUAAGUAAUUUUACCGACAAUUGUCCUGAAAAUGAUUACUUUUACCUCAGGUUUGACUUUCAGUGAUUCACAGAAUCGUGUUAUUGAUUAAUGAUCUCAUUUUGGUGACCGUCAGCUCAUAUUUGAUGAACAAAUAUAUUGACCAAUGAAUCGGUGAGCGAUGUGGCGGCAGUGGUCACGAUUGUUGCCGCGUAUUGUCCCAACAAUUGGUGACAGUUUAGCCAACAAAUUAUAUUUAAUAGUUUUGUAUACAAAGAGUCUCUUUUUCAACAUUCAUGUGGACUCGGGUUAUAUUGCGGACACAUUAUUAGAGCCAAUGUUUUGGUUUGUCGACAACUUUACGCACAUAUUAGGACCGGUCUUUGUUAUUUCAGUUAUCACUCUUUUAGUUGUAUUUGUAUUGAUUGCAUACGUUGUCGGUCUGUCGUAUUGGUGGCCGACAAACAAAUUGGUUACAUAUAUAGCAUUAGUGAUCGGCCAUUGGUUGCUAAUUAAUGUCAGUUAUCACUACUAUAUGGCUUAUACAACACUUCCCGGACAUCCACCGGAGGACCAAUUGAUGGCCGAAGUGGUCUCAUUUUGUAAGCGAUGUAUUGCCCCGAAAUCGGCCCGAACUCAUCACUGUUCGGUCUGCAAUCGAUGCAUCUUAAAGAUGGAUCAUCACUGUCCGUGGCUUAACAACUGUAUCGGUCAUUACAAUCAUCGCUAUUUCUUCAUGUUUAUGGUGUACACCUGGUUGGGCACUAUAUUUGUCAUGAUAUUCGGCUUUCAGAUAGCUUAUGAACAUUUCUGGCCACCCGUAGAAACCGAGUCUCAAUCUGAUCUCAAAUUAUCAAAUUCAACUAUCAUUUCCAUUGAUUCGUUAAAUUAUUGGAAACAUAAGUGCAUUAUCUUUGAAGGACUCACAACAAUCGGUAUAUUUGUUGCUUUGGGUGCUUUAAUGGCCUAUCACUCACUACUCAUUACAAGAGGUGAGACCUGUAUUGAGCGACAUAUUAACAAAAAAGAGACCAAACGUUUGUCACAAAUCGGGAAAAAAUUCAUAAAUCCAUAUGAUUUCGGUCCGCGAGAUAAUUGGCGACGUUUUCUUGGCCUCAAUCGGCCCGGAAAAUGGCUUAAUGUGUUAAUUCCGUCAACAUUUCAGCCAAAUGGUGAUGGAAUCACAUGGUUAACAAACAACAAUUUUAGGCAAAAAUUAUGAAUACAAAUAAAUUUUUUAUUUAAUAUAAUAUUUCAUUAUUCAUAAAUAUAG